AUUCUUCUUUAGUUUUUUUUUUACCUUUUUUUAUAAUGUCGGCUCAAGAUUAUACUACUAAACAGCCUACUUAUUACUGUGGAGUUUGUUCUUUGCCUCCUGAAUUUUGUGAAUUUGGUAGUAACGUAGAAGAAUGUCUUAAUUGGAAUAAAAAAAAUAGUCCUAAUUUUUUUGAAGAAUUUACUGCUGCCGUCGAUCGUGUGUCUUUACAAGCAGAAUCGAAGCCUCAAACAAGAGGAGGUAAGGGACGCGUUAAACUUCCUAAGAAAGUUAAUAAAGACGAGAAUUCACCUAUAAUCCUUUUCAAGCAGCAAAGAAAUAAAAGAAAGUUUAUAACAUUUAUAGAAGGGCUUGAAGCUUCUGGAAUUGAUAUAAAACAAGCAGCAAAGUUUUUCGGUAGUAAAUUUGCAUGUGGCGCAUCUGUAGUUGCUACUGGCAAAUCGCAGGCCGUUGCUAUUCAAGGCGACUUCCUUGCCGAACUUCCUCAACUCCUUAUAGAAGAGUAUAAAGUGGAUCCUGGAAUCAUCAAAGUGAAGUGA